CCCCAGCUUCCCUAGCAACCGAGAGGGCGCGAGCAGCGAGCCGCGGCGCCGUGCGCUCGGGCCACUCCGGCGAUGCCCGUGCAGGUUAGCGAUUACAGCUGGCAGCAGACGAAGACUGCGGUCUUCCUCUCUCUGCCCCUGCGAGGCGUCUGCGUGAGAGAUGCGGACGUGUUCUGCACGGAAAACUAUCUGAAGGUCAACUUUCCUCCGUUUUUAUUUGAGGCAUUUCUCUACGCUCCCAUAGACGAUGCCAGCAGCAAAGCAAAGAUUGGAAAUGACGCUGUUGUCUUUACCUUGUAUAAAAAAGAAGCAGGCAUGUGGGAGACUCUCUCUGUGCCGGGUGUUGACAAAGAGAUGAUGCAAAGAAUAAGAGAAAAAUCUAUUUUGCAAGCACAAGAGAGAGCAAAAGAAGCUGCGGAAGCAAAAGCUGUAGCAAAGCGAGAGGAUCAAAAGUAUGCACUCAAUGCCCUGAUGAAGAUUGAAGAAGAAGAGAGAAAAAAAAUAGAAAGUAUUAAAGAAAAUGAACGGAAAAAAGCAACUGAAGAAUUGGAAGCCUGGAAAGAACGCCAAAGAAAAGCUGAAGAAAAAAAACUAAUUCAGAUAUCUGACAAAUUAUGUCAAGAGAAGCAAACUGAAGAAGAAAGGAAAAAAUUAAAACAUAAAAGUCUUACUAGGAAUGUGGCAUCCAGAAAUCUUGCCCCAAAAGGGAGAAAUUCAGGAAAUAUGUUUGUUGAGAAGUUAAAGGAAGAUAGCAUUCCUGCUCCUCGCUCUGCUGGCAAUAUCAAAAUCAACUUUACCCCUCGAGUAUUCCCAACUGCUCUCCGUGAAUCACAAGUAGCAGAAGAGGAGGAGUGGCUGCACAAGCAGGCCGAGGCACGAAGAGCAAUGAAUGCGGAUAUUCCUGAGUUUUCUGAUUUGAAAGAAGAGGAAAAGAAUCCAGAGUGGUUGAAGGAUAAAGGAAACAAAUUGUUUGCAACAGAAAACUAUCUGGCAGCUAUUAAUGCAUACAACUUAGCCAUCCGACUAAAUAAUAAGAUCCCACUGUUGUAUUUGAAUCGAGCUGCUUGCCACCUAAAACUCAAAAAUUUACACAAGGCGAUUGAAGAUUCUUCUAAGGCACUGGAAUUAUUGACACCACCUGUAACUGACAAUGCAAAUGCAAGAAUGAAGGCACAUGUACGACGUGGAACAGCAUUCUGCCAACUAGAAUUAUAUGUAGAAGGCCUACAGGAUUAUGAAGCUGCACUUAAGAUUGAUCCAUCCAACAAAAUUGUACAACACGAUGCUGAGAAGAUUCGGAAUGUAAUUCAAGGAACAGAACUAAAAUCUUAAUGACCACUCGAUACAGCUAGGUAUUGCUUUAAAUUUUUCAAAACUAGUUAGAGACAUUAGGGACCUCUGGGUGUCUUCUAGCCAAUUGUACAGAAUCACUUCUCUGUUAAAUACUUUAGGUCUGUAAAGGGCAAGUAUUAUAAAUCUAUAGAAGACAAAAUGUUUGAUUUAAGUCAUAGCUGGAUGGGUAAAUCAAAAUAAGAAUUCUCUUUUUAUUCUUCUUCAAAUUAAUACAUAAUGUAAUUAUGCAUUUUUUUUUGUUACUUAACUUUUGCCCUUGUAACAGAAUACCUGUUGGGCUGGUUGCCAGGACACUUAUUGAUUUUUUGUUAAUUAGGUAGAAUUUUAAAAUAAAAGAUUAUGCUUAUA